AUGUCUGAACAUCCAUUAUUAUAUCAAUAUGUUAGUCCUCUUUACUUCACUUCAUCCACUCCAUCAAAUAAUAGUGAUAAUGUGAAUCAUCGAGAUCCUUUAUCGCGUAAUUCUAGAAGCAUUGAAAAUAUUGGUGGCAGUAGAAAUAAUCAUGGCCCAUCACUCGAAGAAAUAUGCAUAGUUAAUACACCGUUAUCACCAUCACCAAGAAAAGUUUCGGUUGAUGAAUCGAAUUUUGAUGAUAAAGAAGUAGUUGAAUGUUCUUCUUCUUCAAUUACAUUUAAUGUAAAUUUAAUGGUGGUUGCGCCAUGGUUAGAAAGAAGUUCUUGUAGUUCCAAAUCAGUUGAUAUUGUAAUAAUAUCAUCCUCUUC